AACUGGAUCAGCUGGUUCCAGGGAAUACCACUUUUACUCAGAGUUGGCACAGAUUCGAGGCAAUUUACUACUUAUGCACUGAUUCUUACCGUUUCCACGGUGCACCGAGAUGCUGACUAGCAAGUCAGUAACAUUGAUUUCAACGCGGUGCUUGGUACUCUACUUCCUAUUGGGCAGUUUAUUUGGCCAUCAGUCAGGUGUCUCAGCUGAACCACUGAAUCGUGCGAGACGUCAGGUGGACGAUGCUUCCGAGGAUAUCUCUAUAGGCGGCUCAGAAGAUGAAUCCCCUCCUGCUACUUUGCAGCCGAGCAUCAAAGGACCAGGCCCAUUUCUUCGUCCAUUAAUUAUCUCCGGUCCUCGAGGUCCUGCGGGUGACCCUGGCCUCCCUGGUCCCCCUGGUCCACCCGGCCCCCCUGGCAAAACAGGUGAGCCCGGUCAAGCGGGAUCGGCUGGCAGCGAUGGAAUACGUGGGCCUCCUGGACCUCCCGGAGACCCGGGAAUGGAUGGCAAGGCUGGACAAGACGGAGAACCUGGCCUAUCAGGGACACAAGGACCCCCGGGACCCAUCGGCUCGAUCGGGAUGAUCGGAAUAAACGGAUUACCGGGUCCAGUUGGUGCUCCGGGCAUGAAAGGGAGCAAGGGCUCACCCGGUCCAGGUGGUGCAGCGGGUGACCGUGGAGAGGUGGGCCUACCCGGCCCAGUGGGACCACCUGGACCUAAAGGUCCUUUAGGAUUACCAGGAGUGCAAGGUCCAGUAGGUUCAGUUGGAUUUCAAGGACUUGACGGGCCGGCUGGUCCGACCGGUCCCACUGGUUCUCAAGGUCCUCCAGGACCACAAGGAAUGACUGGUUCGGUUGGCGUAAAAGGUGAUGAUGGUCCACCUGGAGCCCCAGGAUCAGUUGGAGAUCCGGGAGAACCCGGUCCAGAUGGAAACAUUGGCCAAUCAGGGGAACGUGGUCCACCCGGUUUGGCGGGUAAAAAUGGGUUACCAGGUCCAAAAGGAGAACGAGGAGCCACUGGACCUAUGGGUGCUCGAGGAGCUGCCGGAAUGCGUGGUCCACCGGGGGGCGCAGGCUCCCAAGGGCCGCUUGGUGCUAAGGGAUCCCAGGGGAUACCUGGCCCUCAAGGCCCAACUGGACCACCAGGACUAAUGGGUCCACCCGGUGAAAUUGGUGAUAUUGGACCUCCUGGACUAAUAGGAGAUGACGGGAAACAGGGUCCGAGAGGUCCCAUGGGUGAAAGAGGACCAAAGGGCGAUACUGGGAUGACUGGCGCACCCGGCAUCCCCGGAAAUCCCGGUCUAGACGGAUUACCCGGAAAACCUGGAGAACAAGGAAAGGACGGGGAGGUUGGUCGACCAGGUCUGCGUGGUCCUGCUGGACUACCUGGAAUGGCAGGAAAAGACGGCGAACCAGGACCGCAAGGCUACGUAGGUGCGAAAGGCCAAGAUGGGGCUCCAGGUCUACCAGGCGAUGCUGGACCAAAGGGGCAGGCAGGAAAACCCGGCGAUGACGGAGAAACGGGAGCUGCUGGUUCGCAAGGACCCACUGGACCACCUGGACCAUCUGGCCCACCUGGUCCUCGAGGUGAGAGAGGCCCCACUGGUGACGUUGGAGACACUGGGCCCCCAGGUGAACAAGGAAGCCGUGGAACACCCGGACCAAGAGGACGCCGUGGAAAGAUUGGGUCCCCAGGUCCUCCUGGUGACCCCGGAACCCAAGGUGACCGGGGUCCCGCAGGUCCCAUGGGUGUAACUGGACAGCCUGGAGCUGUUGGAUCGUCUGGCCCUCCAGGAGGAAAGGGACCAACCGGGCGCGAUGGGAAACUUGGUGUUGAUGGUAAGACCGGCGCUCGUGGACACGUCGGACCUCACGGAGCAGUUGGAGCACGCGGUCCCCUUGGUCCGGAAGGAGAAGUUGGGUAUCAAGGACUAGCUGGUUCAAAGGGUGAGCCUGGUGUUCAGGGACCCCCCGGUCGUAUUGGUCCUGCUGGUACCCCAGGUGUCCGUGGUACCAUCGGACAAAUGGGACUGCGCGGUGUUAAAGGACCGCGUGGACCACCUGGAGAAGACGGGGCCCCCGGUGCAGGAGGAGACCCGGGUAGAGUUGGACCUCCCGGGGAACCAGGACCACGUGGACCACAUACAGUACAAGGAAUAGCGGCACUACACAGGGCCGGACCUAGAGGUGAAAAGGGACAGCCGGGUUACCCCGGACCACAUGGCAGACCAGGCUUACCAGGCCCAUCGGGAGAUCCAGGUGCUAUCGGCGACAUGGGCGCUCCUGGAGACGAUGGCCCCACCGGACUCGCGGGACCUCGAGGGAGAGAUGGGAAAGAUGGUCGCCCCGGUCGCCCCGGUAAGGCUGGUGCGCCAGGACAACGGGGUGCCACAGGACCGCAGGGUGUCUCCGGUCCACCUGGAGAACCAGGAAAUCCCGGUCCACCUGGGCCUUCUGGUGUUCCUGGAGCCCCUGGUGAACCUGGUUUACCUGGGCUGGAAGGUAUUAAUGGUACGGUUGGAGCUCGUGGGGCGGUGGGCCAGCCUGGAGCUCCAGGACCCCGCGGCCCAGCUGGUUUACCGGGCGUUGACGGAAUCAAAGGACCACCCGGAGACGACGGACCAGCGGGACUCCGAGGGCAAGUUGGACCGCGAGGUGCACCGGGAAUGGACGGCACCCCUGGUUCGCAGGGCAAAAUCGGCGUACCAGGCCGCCCCGGUCCUAUCGGACCCCCCGGAAUGAUGGGUGUUCCAGGACCACAAGGCAAACCCGGUUCUAUCGGUAAAGAAGGACCUCCGGGAAUGGCUGGGCCUCCUGGAUCCCCUGGUCCUGCAGGACCCGACGGAGAUAUUGGUGGCCCUGGUCCCACUGGGGAUAGUGGCCUGCAAGGUGCACAGGGCAACCGUGGAGAGCGUGGCCCCCAGGGCUCACCAGGACCAGCGGGCGAUAAUGGACCAACCGGCCCCAGCGGUCCACCCGGGCCUGUCGGACCAGAUGGACCUAGUGGACCACGUGGAGAAGCAGGAGUCCCUGGCAUAGAUGGUCCUCCCGGGGAGAAAGGAGACGACGGACCUGUUGGAUAUCCCGGCCGUCCUGGUGCGGAUGGGAUACCCGGUAGACAAGGCAAACCUGGGCCUGCAGGACAUAAAGGGUGGACCGGUCCCCCGGGAGAUCCUGGACUACCCGGAAACCCAGGUCAACCCGGACAACCAGGACUACGUGGAUACCCAGGUCCAUCAGGACUACCAGGUGAAACCGGCCCUGCCGGAAUUCCAGGACUGGCAGGUGAAGCUGGAUUUAUAGGAGAACCUGGGCCCAUCGGCUUACCAGGCCCCGUGGGCAGAGACGGACCGCCAGGACCUCCCGGACCUGUUGGAAACGAAGGCCCACCAGGACCUCCUGGUCCACCAGCGAUGGGAUACGUCAAAAUGAUGGGAGAUAGCGCCAAUCUUCACAUACAUAUGCCCAAUGGAACCAAACGGUAUCCGGCUCGAUCAUGCAGACACUUGGCACAAGUGCAUCCCGACUUCCUAGAUGGCUUCUACUGGAUCGACCCCAAUGGUGGGUCAGCAAAGGAUGCCGUGGAGGUGUUCUGUCGCAUCAGGUCAAGGGAAACCUGUGUUCAGCCCAAAAUUGUAAGGGAUCCGACAACGUCACAAUCUGCGAAUGGAAACUGGUUCGUCGAUUUGGAAAACGACAACCGGCAGUUUGAAUACGAAAUUCCUGCUGAUCAACUGAACUUCUUGAAGGUGAUGGCUUCGAAGGCUGUGCAACAGAUCACUAUUCUGUGUUCUGAACCCAAGCAUACAGGAAGAAAUGCUAUCCGCUUGCUCUCAGAUAACGACAGAGAAUUUACCGAAAAUGGUCCACUCUUUCUUUACUCGAUCCUUGAGGAUGGAUGUCAGCCCGGUGAUAAGUCAGCCUCCGGAAAAGCCGCCCUAGAAGUUCGCACAAGGCCUCAUCGGCUCCCAAUCCGCGAUGUGAUGCUCGCAAAUAUUAACGGCCUGAGUAAAUCUAACCUUGGCGUUGAGGUGGGACGUGUAUGCUUUCAGUGACAGGUUACCGAACCUUGGCAUUCGAAGCUUGUGUAACUCACAGUGAUUAAAGAGCUAUUGUGAACAAAUUCUCCGUGUUAAAUUCAGUCAGGACUUCGGGCAAACCUCCAGUCUCUACUCACAGCAUCCCCUGCUUCCUUUCAAUUCUGUAUACCCUCCUACGUGCGUUGCACUUUUGCUUAUCUGUAUACUAAUAGGGAGCUACACCCCUUACCCACAUGUACUGCUUGAUCACACCGACGUUCAACGGAAAUGAAUUUUGCCCACUUUU